AUGUCAUUAACCGUCCGAUUUGGCUGGCCAUCGCGAUACUUGAGAAAUCGUACGGAUAGCCAGGGCGCAGCCGUUGUACAAACUCUCGGACUACCAUCUGUAAAGGCUUACACUAGUGCCAUUGUUGAUCUUUGGAGAUUCCAGCAAUCUCUUGGCCGGAAACUCCAGGCGCAAGAGGCCUAUCUACGUACCACGGUGGAUUUCUUAUUUGGUCAUAAUAUGCUUCUCCGAGGUGAAGACUGGCGCCAUCUAGAACUAGCAGAUCUAUUCACACUUCGUAUGGACGAGGGGCCAACCCCAUGUUGGCCGAUGAUUCUGAUGAAGCUUAAUGGCAAGACAAAUCAAUUUGGCCAGCUUAAAUAUAUGGGGGUCGUACAACAUAAGGAUCCUCUUCUUUGUACGAUCUGUCAUACUGCUUUCUAUCUUUUUCAUGGAUGGGAGAUUAUGCAUGAGCCGGUGCCGCAACCACUCUCUGGACAUUCAUCUACCCAACGAGCCGUCCGGAUCUCCCCCUUUCUACCAGAUGUCUCGUACAAUACAGACUUGCGAGAGCUUUGGGAGGAGUGGCAUGUUGGUAUUCAUGGUAAUCCAUCUAUCCAGUCUCUCGAGGACUCGUACAGAUGUCGCUGGAGAUCAGAUAAUAAGGAACGCGUUUUCUUUAGCUGUAGGAAGGUUAUCAUUGACUGGAUACAGGCUCAAGUCUCUAAAGGCAUCCUUUUAGCCGACGCAAUCGAUGAGAUUGAACUCAUGCGAAGAACCUCGCAGAGGACGCUGUAUCAACUGCAGGCUUUACUUAAGAAAGUUAGCUACUCCCCGUCCCCCUUACUCUUGCAGAUCGCUAGUAAUGGCCGACAAACCAGCCGAUUUGCCCGCCGUACACUGGCCCUCCCAAACUCUGAACAGAUAAACCCUCUUCAAGCACACCAUCAGUUCCUCCGCUCCUCACUCUCAUACGGACACGGGAAAGAGGUCUUCGAUGCAGAAGCAGAAGCAGCUCUAGCUGGCGCUCAAGCAGCAAUAGCGUACCCAACAGCUCAAUUUGCUACCAACCUAUGGAUCUGCCUUGACAACCUGGAAGAUCUUCCUAAGAAAUCUUUGAAUCCUUCCGCACCCUUGCAGCCGCCUGGCCACUUCGCAAAAGGCUUCCUCAUACUAAAAGCGGAUCUAUCCAAAUCCGAUGGGUCCCUGGACACGCCAGGAUCCCUGAGAACGAAGCGGCUAAUCUCGCUGCUAAAGAGGGAGCUGCCUCAAUCCCUCCUGCUCCUCACAAAUCCUCAUACGCCUCGCUAA